AUGCCGAACUUGCCCAAAUACGAUGGAGCCAAAGAUCCAAUGGAACAUUUGACAGAGUUUGAUCUGGUAAUGAAUCUUUACGGGCAAUCAGGUCCUAUUAACGUGAAACUUUUUGUUACUACUUUGACAGGUAAAGCUCAAGAGUGGUUUACUAAUCUACCCCACGGUAGCAUCGAAUCCCACGAUCAUCAAGUACAAAAAUUCACUUUCCACUUCGCUAGCAAGAGGAAGCAGAAGCGAUCUGCCACACAUUUGUUCACCAUAAGGCAGCACGACAAUGAAACGUUGAAAAAUUUUAUGGGAAGGUUCAACAAUGAAACCUUAGAGGUACAAGACUUGAGGAUAGACAUGAUGGUCAACAUCCUCAUCCAUGGGUUAAAGAAAGGACCACUUGCGUCUGCAUUAGCAAGGGAUCCCCCUUCAGACCUGGAACAAUUGAUGAGCCUGGCCUAA